AUGGAUUAUUUACUUUUUGCUUUCGCCCUUAUUGGAAGCACACUGGCUUGCCAGUCAGUACCAAAACCUAGCCCUAAGUCCACACGUGGAACAGAUACAGCUUACGUUACAAUAGUCACCAACCAAGUCUACAACCCAUCAAAAGUCAGCGAGUAUAUGGGCUACUUCCCGCAAACAAAGAUCGAAGAAUACUCGUACCCUCUUGGAGACUUUUCAAACCUUGGAGAUACUGACAGUAAUGGCUAUUUUGCCUUCACUUUCACCCUCACGCAAUGCCACUGUGACCAGGUGAGGACUUGGGUCAAUCAAAUCGUAGCGAGCUCAAACUAUUAUACAAGUGGAAAUGUGGUAUGCAAUCCAGGCGGACCAGUCAUAAUAGAAGCACCACCAGCACCACCAGCAACAACUACAACAGCAGCUCCAGCACAUGCUAACAAAGUUCUCAUUGUACGAAAUGGUCAAGAUCGUCAAAGUGAUCAGCUAUAUGCUCCAUAUGGUCGAGGUGCUCAAGUCGCUCCAGUUGGUCAGCUUCCUCCAGUUGUUAUACCACAGUAUGUCUCUGCCCCUGCUCCCAUAGUUGUUGGACGGCCGGUUAUUGUGCAACCACCAAUUAUUCAACCGGUUAUUGCAGAACCGUAUCUUUAUGAUGAGACAAUAUGA